AUGCGACUCCUCACUCUAUUUCUCUACAAUCUUAACAAGAUUCCAUGUGUCUACCGGCUACGAAAACAUCCGGGGCGCAUCCUCUUAGUCUCAUCCAAGCUCUGCAUCAAAGCAACCGCCUUCACAACAUUGACAGAAGCAAAUACCAUGCAAUUCGUUGCGAAUAACACAUCAAUACCAGUACCAAAAGUCUACUGCAGCUUCAAGUACAAAGGCCGUGUCUAUAUACUUAUGGAAAGGAUCCGAGGUCAGGAUCUAUCGCAGGAUUGGACGCAACGAUCGGAAGACUCCAAGGCGCGAAUUCUCGCGCAAUUGAAGACUUUUAUCACACAGUUACGCAGCAUUUCCCCGCCGGAUGGUGUUGGAGUCGCCAAUGUUGAUGGGGGUCCCGUCUUUGACCAGCGUCUUCCUGGCAAAUCCUUCUGGGGUCCUUUUGCAACAAUCCAGGAAUUUCAUCGAGAGCUGCGUCGUGGUCUUGAGCUUCAGGAUGCAGAAGAGGCGUUCCCGGGUCUGAGGGAACUUGUCGAGUUUCAUAACGGCCCGUGGGGGGACCCGGUCUUCACCCACGGUGACCUAAGUAGCCUAAAUAUUAUGGCUGCCGGGGAUACAGUGACGGGUAUUUUGGACUGGGAGUCGGCUGGAUGGAUGCCGCCAUACUGGGAGUAUACGUCAGCAUGGCAUGUUAAUCCACGAAAUACGUUCUGGCGCGACGCGGUCGACGGGUUCCUGACGCCUUUGCCUCAUGAACUGGAAAUGGAAAAAAUACGUCGGCAGUACUUUGGCGAAUUCUAG